AAAAUGACCCUGUACCGCGCCCAGACGCCUCAGCACCCUCUAGCUUCGAGCGGAGUCCUCCACCUUCCCUCCCCGAGACCUGUGGCCGUUGCCGCUCUAGUCCUGCUUUCUAUGGUUUCCUGCCGCUUUGCUGCACUUCCUGCUCUCUAUGGUUUCCCGCGCGAGGGCAAACCCCGCGCUGGGCGGAAGUGCGCCGGGCUGGGGACCAUGGCGGCGGUGGAUAUCCGAGAUAACCUCCUGGGAAUUUCCUGGGUUGACAGUUCCUGGAUUCCUAUAUUAAACAAUGGAAGUGUGUUAGACUACUUCUCAGAGCGAAGUAACCCAUUCUAUGACCGAACAUGUAACAACGAAGUAGUCAAAAUGCAACGGCUGACCUUGGACCACUUGCACCAAAUGAUUGGAGUGGAAUAUAUCCUCCUUCAUGCUCAAGAGCCCAUCCUCUUCAUAAUUCGAAAGCAGCAAAGACAGUCUCCUACACAAGUCAUCCCAUUAGCUGAUUACUAUAUUAUUGCUGGAGUGAUUUAUCAGGCACCUGAUUUGGGAUCUGUCAUAAAUUCCAGAGUGCUCACUGCAGUGCAUGGAAUUCAGUCUGCUUUUGAUGAAGCCAUGUCAUACUGCCGAUAUCACCCUUCCAAAGGCUACUGGUGGCAUUUCAAAGACCAGGAGGAACGAGAUAAAGCCAAACCAAAAGCAAAGAAGAAGGAAGAACCAAGCUCUAUUUUCCAGAGGCAGCGGGUGGAUGCUUUGCUUCUAGACCUGAGACAAAAAUUUCCACCCAGAUUUGUUCAGCAAAAGCCUGGAGAAAAGCCCAUCGCAGUGGAUCAGAUCAAGAAGGAGCCAGAACCAGCCCCCGAAGCUAUAAAGCCAGAGGAGAAGGAGACUGUAAAGAAUGCCCAACAGAGUGCUGGCACUAAAGGGCCUCCAGAGAAACGGAUGAGACUCCAGUGAGGGGAUGGACAAUUCCAUAUCUUGAUGAUUCAACGUCUGGAGAAGAAUUUGCAAGUGACUCCUACUCCCCCUUAUCUGUAUUUGAACAUUCAGGAUUGUGACAUUGCAGGAUUUAAAGCCCCUUACAACAGCUUCUUCUCUCAACAGAAACCUCCUAAAAAGCUGCCAAUGGAAAGACUUGAGCUGCACCGGGAGGGGAUUUUCCAGCCUUCUCCCCAUUUUGGAUGUUAACUUCUGACUGAAUUUCACUUGAAUGCAUUUUGCAACUUCCUUGUAAACCCCCCCCCCCUUUUUUUUUCCAUGUCCUCUGGUAAUUGUGUGUUCUAUGUAAAAAGAGGAACUUUUUAAUAAAAAGUUGAAUUCUUGGUACACCAA